AUGACCUUCCACAACGACGAUCGUCCCCUCUUACCAACCGACUCUUUACAACAAAUCCCUCUCACCGACAACAUGCCAUCCCUCCAAGACCAAUCCUCAACUUACUACCUCUACCGUGAACGCAACGACCACAUGCUCAUCACCACCACCGAACAACCAAGAACCCAAAAGCUGCGCCGCAAGAAGCAAAAAGAAGACCCGUCCAGUGUCCAAGACCCAAACGGCUACUUUGUCCACAGGCCGUACGUCAGCUUCGCCAAGGCGCCUCGGACCCUUCGCUCGGGGGGCUCCAAGGAAGGACGGACCAUAUGCCUCAUCCACAGUUACGCUGGCUGGCGCCGGUGGCGGAUGCAAUUUGGCAGGGACCUCGGGGACGCAAUCGAUCCCAGGGGAGUCGUGCAAUGGCAAAGUCGGACCAAUGCCGAUAACCGUGUCAAGGAUGACAGUGAUCUGAAAGGGUAUCGGGUGCGCACUUGGCGAUUAUGGGGCGAGUCCGGCAAGGCGUACCAUCGCGAGGUCAAUGCGAAGCGGAAGCAGGGGGAGUGGACUGAAGAUGAUCCUACUGCUUAUCAACCUCUAAGAGCUACGGAGGCGUGUCAGUUGACAUGGAGUGCGCCGUUCUCGAAACGGACGAGAGAAUAUGCAUUCAGCUACGAAGGGGUUGACUUUGUGUGGAAAGGUACCAAGGACUUGCCAGCGGAGCGCAAAGCGGCAAAGCAGUGGAUGCCGGUGCACCAUCUGAAAUUGGUGGCGAUCGUGCCGGCCAAGGUGGCCGAUGAGGCGGAGGAGGUGGUCGUGGCGUCUUUUAUUUGCAGUCCUGAGGCAGACGAGUACGGGACUCUUGUCCUUCAAGACUCGAAAAUCUGCGAGGUGUUUGGGAUCGACGAGAUGCCGGAAGACAUGGAGUUGGCUCGCGCGAAGGGAUCGACGCCGGCAAGGGCCCAUGAUACAAUUUUGGCCACUGCUGUGUGCAUGAUCAUCGGCGAGUGGCAGAAGCGCAAGACAGUAGUGGGCGUCUUCUUUGGGCUGCUUUUUGCCGGGGCGACGAGCGCGUAG